AUGUUAACGACUGUAUCGGUGCCGGCUUUUGAGCUGAAUUCAUCUUUUUACACUACGGCGUUUGGUAGCAGCAGUACGUUAGAAGGAUUUUCAGUAAUUGAACCAGAUAACAGCACUGCUGCGUCAACGCCUUAUAUGUUACCCGAAUAUAUAAGAGCAACUUCGAUGGUAGUUUGUAUAACUGUAAUGGUGCUUGGAAUCAUUGGAAAUUUAAUGGUUCCGCUGGUCGUAUUCCGUGGAAAGGACAUGAGGAAUAGUACAAAUAUCUUUCUAGUGAAUUUGAGUGCAGCUGAUUUGUGUGUUUUGUUAAUUUGUGCCCCAACUGUUCUUGUUGAAGUUAAUUCCGGACCUCAAGUGUGGCCGUUGGGAGAACAUAUGUCUUGUAGAAACUAA